AUGAAGAUUUUUUCCCGCUACCAGACGUUCAGAUUCAUCUGGUUCCCCAAGCCAUCUGGCCAGCACUUUCACAAGGAUCACCAGCUUCGGGCACCUCUGACUCUUGCUGACUUUGAAGCCAUAAAUCGCUGUGAGAGGCCGUUGCCUAAGAACUUUAACUUUGCUGGGGAUGUGCUGGACCAGUGGUCCCAAAAAGAGAAGACAGGAGAGAGACCAGCCAACCCAGCCCUGUGGUGGGUGAAUGGCAAAGGGGACGAGGUGAAAUGGAGCUUUGGAGAACUGGGAUCUUUGUCUCGAAAGGCUGCCAAUGUGCUCACCAAGCCCUGUGGCCUCAAAAGAGGAGACCGAGUGGCCGUGAUUCUGCCCCGAAUCCCAGAGUGGUGGCUCAUAAACGUGGCUUGUAUGCGAACAGGGCUCAUCUUCAUGCCAGGAACAACCCAGCUGACGGCAAAAGACAUCCUCUAUCGACUACGAGCAUCCAAGGCCAAGUGCAUUGUGGCCAGUGAGGACGUGGUCCCUGCAGUGGAGUCCAUUGUGUCAGAGUGUCCCGACUUGAAGACCAAACUCCUGCUGUCUCCACACAGCCAGAAUGGAUGGCUCAGCUUCCAGGAGUUAUUUCAAUCCGCCUCUGCACAACACAGCUGUGUGGAGACAGGAAGUCAAGAACCAAUGGCCAUUUAUUUCACCAGUGGGACCACAGGCUCUCCCAAGAUGGCCCAGCACUCUCAGAGCAGCCUUGGAAUUGGGUACACCCUUUGUGGAAGGUAUUGGCUAGACCUGAAGUCCUCAGAUAUCAUAUGGAACAUGUCCGACACUGGCUGGAUCAAGGCCGCCAUUGGCAGUGUGUUUUCUUCCUGGCUUCAGGGAGCUUGUGUCUUUGUGCAUCGGAUGGCCCAGUUUGACACUGACACCUUUCUAGACACCCUUACCACUUAUCCCAUCACGACCCUGUGCAGCGCUCCCACUGUGUACCGGAUGCUUGUGCAGAAAGACCUGAAGAGAUACAAAUUCAGGAAGUUGCAGCACUGCUUGACGGGAGGGGAGCCGCUCAAUCCAGAGGUGCUGGAACAGUGGAAGGCACAAACUGGGCUGGAGCUAUAUGAGGGCUACGGACAGACAGAAGUGGGAAUAAUUUGUGCCAACCUGAAAGGACAAGAAAUUAAACCGGGCUCGAUGGGGAAAGGAGUAGUACCCUAUGAUGUCCAGAUUAUAGAUGAAAAUGGCAACAUCCUACCACCUGGCAAAGAAGGGGAAAUUGCCCUCAGACUAAACUCUACAUGGCCCUUCUGUUUCUUCUCUGAAUAUGUGGACAAUCCAGAGAAAACUGCCGCCACGAUAAGGGGGAAUUUUUAUGUCACUGGAGACAGAGGAGUGAUGGACAGUGACGGGUAUUUCUGGUUUGUCGGCAGAGCCGAUGAUGUCAUCAUUUCCUCUGGGUACCGUAUUGGGCCAUUUGAAGUGGAGAGUGCACUGAUUGAGCACCCAGCAGUUGUUGAAUCAGCUGUUGUCAGCAGUCCAGAUCCAAUCAGAGGAGAGGUAGUGAAAGCUUUUGUUGUCUUAUCUGCACCCUUUAAAUCAUCUAACCCAGAGAAAUUAACUCUCGAACUUCAGAAUCACGUGAAAAAAUCAACUGCACCUUAUAAAUAUCCAAGAAAGGUGGAAUUUGUUCCAGAACUCCCAAAGACAAUCACUGGGAAAAUCAAACGCAACGUCUUAAGAGACCAUGAAUGGGGUCGAACAUAGCCUGAUAAAACUGUGGCAUUAUGUAGUUAUAGGGCUGCUUUCCUUUAGUCCUGGCUUCCUGAUAAUUCAGAGUCUACUCUCUUAAAGUGCUUAAGAUUUUUC